AUGUCUGACCCAUUAACCAUACCUGCAGGUGUACCACAAGGUAGCCUGCUGGGUCCGUUAUUCUGGCGUGAUUUAGUAAUAAUCAUGUGUCUGGUAUGGCACACGGCCCGAGCGCAGUCAACAAACAAUGCUCGUGCUGCGGUAACCUCGAACGCGGCCGAAUGUGCCGAAAUUGGAAUGAGUAUGCUAGAUCAAGGUGGUUCCGCAGCCGAUGCGGCUAUCGCCACGCUGUUCUGUGAAGGUGUUUCGGUUCCGCAGAGUAUGGGUAUCGGUGGCGGCUUUGUGUUGACCAUCUACAACAAGGCAUCGGGCAUCGUGGAGUCCUUGGACGCGAGGGAGGUCGCACCGGCGGCCGCUACCAAAAAUAUGUAUGUCGGAAACGGUAAGGCCGCCGUUGAGGGUGGCCUAUCGAUUGCGGUACCUGCCGAACUCAAGGGCUACUGGGAGCUGCACCAGAAGUAUGGCAAACUUCCGUGGAAAACGCUCGUGCAACCAACGAUCGAUGUAUGCACCAGCGGUUCCCUCGUUACGGGCUAUUUGGAGAAAAUUCUGUCUUCAAAGAAGUCACUCAUAUUAACGUACCCUGCAUUGGCAGAGAUAUUCAUCAACCCCGUAACUAAUGAUACCUGGAAGGUGGGCGAUCGUAUAAAGCGACCGGAAUUAGCAGAAUCCUUGAGGGUGAUUGCCGUGGAAGGUGCAGACGCUUUGUACAGUAAAAACGGUACACUUUUACCAAAGUUGAUGGAAGAUUUAGAGAAUGUUGGUAGCAUCCUGACGGCGGAUGACUUCUACAAUUACAGACCAGAAUGGGUGAAACCUGCCCGAGCCAAACUACGCCGUAAAUUCAAUGUACAUUCCAUGCCACUCCCAGGCAGUGGACCGAUUCUUAACUACAUGCUGUCGAUUCUGGACGGAUACAAGGAUUUGUCAAUAAAUGAUCCACUAACGUGGCAUCGAAUCGUUGAAAGCUUUAAGCAUGGCUACGGGUUACGCACGAAGGUGGGAGACCCACGUUUUGUCACCUCAGUCAAUACGGUAUUGCAAAAAAUGACAAAUAAAAACUAUGUUGCGUACGUUCGUGACAUGAUUGUGAGCAACACGACGUUCGAUAGUUAUGACUAUUACGGGGCAGAUUUUGCCGGCUUGCAAGAUCAAGGAACAGCUCACGUCUCGGUGCUGGCAGCGAACGGUGACGCAGUAUCCGUAACAAGUACGAUUAAUUAUCUGUUUGGUUCGCUAAUCGUUUCUCCUUCGACUGGCAUCAUCCUGAAUGAUGAAAUGGACGAUUUUUCCACGCCAGGUGUUGUGAACGCUUACGGUCUAUCGCCUUCUCCGGCUAACUUUAUCGUACCACAGAAAAGACCGCUUUCUUCAAUGUCUCCGACGAUCAUAACUGAUCAGCUGGGUAACGUGCGGAUGGUUGUAGGAGGCGCGGGAGGUUCCAGGAUUACAACUGCCACGACGUUGCUUAUUCUUCGGCAUUUGUUUUUCAAACAAAGUCUUUGCGAUGCCAUCAACGCACCCCGAAUCCAUCACCAGUUAGCACCCAUGCAGGUCGAAUACGAGACGGGCUUCGAUGCAAAUGUGUUGGCCGAGCUUGCUGCCCGUGGUCAUAAGAUUCAAGAGUCGAAAGCAGACUUUGGUUUUGCGGCAUUAACGGCAAUUACUAAAGAGGAAAAUGUAAUUUCUGCAGCAUUCGACAGGCGGCGGGCUGGUAGUGUGACAGUGAGACCGCACAAAGCAGGGUUAGGUAAUUGUUAUUAA